UCAGUAAGAGGAUGAUAUAUUAUCUCCUGGGAUUGGCCCUUCUUCUGGUGGUAAUCUCAUGGAUUUACUAUAACUAUCCAUUCGACAUGACACAGGGCGACCACACAUACGAAGGAGAUUACGACCCCCACUCAGGACAUGAUGCCAGACUUUGGAGGUACUUAGAACAUUUUACGUACAAAGCCAUUUGGAAUGGACAGCCAUCCAGUUGUUGGUGUAUUUGUUGUUAUGUGUACGAGACCAUCACUAGUCUCCUUGGCAACGCAAUACCUUCAGCCAGAUCCAUCUUGGCAAGCAUUGCAGCUGUAGCAACACUACAAGACACUAGACAAUCCAACGCAUAUGAGAACCAACUCGGGGCCAAUGCUCACCAGCUACCAAAACAAGAAGUUUACAGCGAGGAGGAAGAAGGCUUGGACGAGGAUGUCGAGGAACCACGAGGCGGAAGACGAAAGAACAAGAGAAAGAAGAAGCAGAAGAAAAGACGAAAGCAUGGACGAAGAAGGAGACACGUUCAAAAUAAUGUUGCGCAUGAAAAGGAAGAUGCUAGAAUAUUCCAGAAAACUGCCCCAAGGGACGUUGAGCAGGAAAACGACAAACUUCCUUCACCUGUUGAGGAACUUCUCCGUCUUGACCGAGAGGCUACCAUGACGACUGUGCUUAAGUUCGAUCAGAUGGUUUGGAACGCUUUGGGAAAGAUGAAAUCGAAUAACUGAAAUAUUACACUUCGAAAGGAUAUUAUUCGCAAAA